AUAUAAAUCGAAAGUGCUCAUAUCUUUAGUUGUACAGUAAAGAAGAUGGUAACCGGUCGUGCUUUACACUUUGUCUUCAAAGUCGCUGAGCGUAAGCUCACUGUUAAAUUUUAUCGUGAGAUCCUUGGAAUGAAAGUUCUCCGACAUGAAGAGUUUACCGAAGGCUGUGAGGCAGCUUGUAACGGACCAUAUGCAAAUCGUUGGAGCAAAACAAUGAUUGGAUACGGCCCAGAAGACACUUCUUUUGUUAUUGAAUUAACCUACAAUUACGGAGUGAGUCAUUAUGAAACUGGAAAUGAUUUUCAAGGAAUAACCAUUCGAUCAAAAGAAAUCAUAAAAAGAGCAAAAUUUAAUGAUUGGCCAAUCAGAGAAGAAGAUGGAAAAUAUGUUUUGGAAGCACCUGGUGGCUACAAAUAUUAUAUCAUUGAUGAACCACAACCUGUUGAUCAAGAUCCUAUUCAUAAAAUUACUUUGUCAAGCUCAAAUCUCAAGCGUACCGUUGAAUACUGGAAGAAUGUCUUAGAAAUGACUUUAGUUGAAAAGAAAGAUAAAACUGCUAUUUUUGAAUAUGGAAAGAAUCAAGCCAAGCUCGAAUUUAUUGAUAUUGGCACUAAAGUAGACCAUGCAAAAGCUUAUGGUCGCAUUGCAUUUGCUGUGCCAAAUGCUGAACAAGCGAUCAUUCGUAAAAAAAUCAAAGAUACCAACAACAAAAUUUUAACAGAUUUGAUCAGUCUAGAUACACCUGGUAAAGCUACAGUAACAGUUAUUAUUCUUGCCGAUCCUGACGAUCAUGAAAUAUGUUUUGUUGAUGAAGAAGGUUUCAGAGAACUAUCUAAGCCCGAUUACCAAAGUGAAGAAAUUCUUGAGAGGUUUAUAAAGAAGGAAGAAGACAAGACUUUGUAAUGUUAUCUUUUGAAAUUUUAUAUAUUUAUUUGUGGCUUGGAUAAACUAUUGAACAAUUUGUUUUUAAUUUUUGAUUUUGUGAUAUUUUUAUAUUUAAGUAAAACUCAAUGAUACUUUUGAAAUCUCGAAAUUACACGUUUUUACAAAAUGUUCCCUCAUAGUAUUUUUCAUUAACAUUUACAAUUCUUUGUUUAAAAAUAAAAUGUUGUUACAGUUGAUUAAAAAUAUUAUAAAAAAUAUGACAUUACAAUUUAACUUUGAAAGAAUAAGUAUAUAUUUGAAAAUAAAACGAAACUAAAAAAUACAUUUUUAUUUUAAAUAUUCCUUUGGUGGAAGUCGAUGGAUUCUCGAUCACACAUUUAAGAUUUUAUCUUCAAAGAGGUAAAAUUAAGUU